CUUUAUUACAAAACCGUUAUUUUUUCUUUGCUUUGUUGUUUGUUUCAAGAUAAUCUCUCCUCGUUUAUAGGGAAGAGGAGCAUCCAUGGCAACCGCUACUGCAACUCCUCCGCUUCUUUUCCGAACCAAUCCCACUCUCCUCCCACCUUCACGUCGCCGCGCGCUCACUCAACCUCCUAGACUCUUUCCAACUUCUCUCCGCCAAUCCCGUGGUUUCCCGCCGAUUCUACGCGCAAAAUUUAAUAAUAAACGUUCAAUCUCGUGUGCUUACGUCACUGGGCCCGCUUCUGACCCGAUCGUCAGUGAACCCGAUCUGAAGCUCCGCGAGUCCGACUCGCGGACUGAGGAAAUUCAAUCGCCACCGAAUUUGAUUACUUGGGGGCUGUUGUGGAGUCUGCUGGUGAAGCACAAGCUGAGACUUGGUCUCUCAGUUUUGACUCUCCUUGGUUGCACCACGUGUACUCUCUCUAUGCCCAUAUUUUCAGGGCGGUUUUUUGAAGUGCUAAUAGGUGCGAGGCCAGAGCCAUUGUGGAGGUUGCUGAGUAAGAUUGGACUACUGUACGCACUGGAGCCAAUCUUCACUGUUAUUUUUGUUGUAAAUAUGAGCACAGUGUGGGAGAAUGUUAUGUCUAUAAUUAGAGCUCAGAUUUUUAGAAGAGUAUUGAUUCAGAAGGCGGAGUUUUUUGACCGAUACAAGGUUGGUGAACUCAGUGGUUUGUUAACGUCUGAUUUAGGUUCUCUUAAAGAUCUUGUCAGUGAGAACAUUUCAAGAGAUCGUGGAUUUCGUGCACUUUCUGAGGCUGUUGGCACAAUAUUUAUUCUAUUUGCUCUAGCCCCACAGCUUGCACCAAUUCUGGGCCUACUGAUGCUUACUGUGUCUGUUUUAGUUGCUGUAUACAAACGAUCAACUGUGCCUGUUUUUAAAGCACAUGGAAUGGCUCAGGCAUCUAUAUCUGAUUGUGUGGCAGAAACUUUCUCUGCAAUUCGGACUGUAAGAUCAUUUGGUGGUGAAAAGAGACAAAUGUUGAUGUUCGGUAGCCAGGUUCUUGCUUAUCGGAAUAGUGGUAUAAAGCUUGGGACUUUCAAAUCUUUAAAUGAAUCUUUGACUCGAGUAGCCAUAUAUAUUUCGCUAUUGGCUUUAUAUUCCCUUGGAGGAAGCAAAGUGAAGGCGGGUGAACUCUCAGUUGGAACUGUGGCUUCUUUUAUCGGAUACACGUUCACACUAACCUUUGCAGUCCAAGGACUGGUGAAUACCUUUGGAGAUUUACGUGGAACUUUUGCUGCUGUUGAGAGGAUUAAUUCUGUUUUAUCUGGAACAGAAAUUGAUGAAGCACUUGCUUAUGGGUUGGAUAAAGAAAUCCAGCAAAAAGAAGUAAACAAUGAAAAUAUUAAAUUGUUCCUAUCCAAUGGUUCAAAUGGUAGAAGUCAAUAUUCAAAAAUGCAUUACAUGUCAGCUUUAAAGUCAGCUAGCAGUGUGUGUAGCGUUGCUUGGUGUGGUGAUGUUUGCCUUGAAGAUGUGCACUUUUCUUAUCCAUUGAGGCCUGAUGUGGAAAUUCUUAGUGGUCUGAAUUUGACCCUAAAAUGUGGAACUGUAACAGCUUUGGUUGGCCCAAGUGGUGCAGGCAAAAGUACAAUAGUACAGCUAUUGGCUCGUUUUUAUGAGCCAACAGGAGGUCGUAUAACGGUUGGUGGAGAGGAUGUCCGGACUUUUGAUAAGAGCGAAUGGGCUCGUGUUGUCUCCAUAGUAAAUCAAGAACCUGUCCUUUUUUCGUUAUCUGUUGGAGAAAAUAUUGCUUAUGGGCUUCCAGAUGACAAUGUAUCCAAGGAUGAUAUUAUAAAAGCUGCCAAAGCAGCAAAUGCUCAUGAGUUUAUAAUUUCUCUUCCUCAGGGCUAUGACACACUAGUGGGUGAGCGUGGAGGUCUUUUGAGUGGAGGCCAGAGACAGAGAAUUGCUAUUGCUAGAGCUUUACUGAAGGAUGCCCCAAUACUGAUCCUUGAUGAGGCUACCAGUGCACUGGAUGCAGUUAGUGAACGCCUGGUCCAGGAUGCUCUGAACCAUCUCAUGAAGGGCAGAACAACACUAGUGAUUGCUCAUAGAUUAAGCACAGUUCAGAAUGCGCACCAAAUUGCACUUUGUUCUGAUGGUAGGAUUGCAGAGCUGGGAACUCAUUUCGAAUUACUGGGUAAGAAGGGUCAAUAUGCUUCAUUAGUUGGUACUCAACGGCUGGCGUUUGAGUGAUAGUGAAUUUACUAUAAGGAAAGGAAAGCAGAGCAUUUGCCAGAUAUAGCUGACUGUCUAAUGCAACUAAUAGCAUUUGAAUUAUGCCAUUGGGGAAAUGAGCAAGGGUCAGGUGAUAGUAAGGAGAGUUUGGAAAUUCCAAGUUGUAAAUGCUACCUAUACAUUUCUUUCUGUAUGUAUUUUAGUGUCAGGUAGUAACAUAUUACUCAAUUUAACGACAGAUUUUGUCGUAAACAAAAAAGUUGUUAGAUAUUUUAUGCAAUAACCACAGAAUUUAUACUACAGAAGAUUGGAUUCUUUUCUCA